AAGAAGCUUUUGCCCAAGCCGGCCUCACAUUGAAUGGAGGGCCAAGCAAUCCAGGGGAACCAGACCUACUAGUAGGCUGAGGCUGCCCACCAGAGGGGAUGUGAGGAAGGUUGGGGACGGUGAAGUGUGGGUACCUGCCCUGAGUGGGUGGACCGGUUGAAACAGGAAGCUCUAAGCCUGUUGAGUAUGGAGCUGGAGGGUCAAGAAGGAAGGGAGCCAGGAGAUUCCCAGGAGUCCACCAGGGCUGGAGCUCCCAGGGAAGCUGGUAGGGUGGAGGGGCCAGGAGUCCCAGAAGAUGUAGAUGUGGUGAGGGCCCCUGAGGAGGCAAGACAGGUGGAGGGGCCUGAAGUCGCCCCAGAUGUAGACAUGUUGAGGAUCCCCGAGGGGGCAAGUCAGAUGGAAAGACCUGGAGUCUCCAGGGAUGUGAACAUGGUGAGGGUCUCCAAGGAGGACCACUUGGAAAUCCAGGAGAGAGGAAGAAGAAUGGAGAUGCUGACAGUCCAGGAGGCAGAAAGUGGGGCGGAAUCUGGGCUGUCCGGAGAGAUCAACGAAUCGGUGGUCCCUAGGCACAAGUUGCUAGCAAGGCCUAGAGGGAAGUGGAGGAAUCGCCUGCGUGAAUUGGAGGAGCAAGAGGCCAGGGAGCAGGAUCAAGAAAGCUAUUCAGGCCAGCUUAGCAAGAACCAGGAGCAGUACUUAGAGCCCUACAUGGAGGGGACAGAGCAGCGCUAUCGCUCACGGAUAGUGAAACACAGGGACUUAACUUCCAGUCGCCACAGGAGUGUGGGCAAGUACGGCCUGGAGAGGAAGCCCAGCCUGAGAUACCGCCAGGAGUCUUUGGCUCGGUGCCGCUUUUCCCUUACUCCUCGCUCGUCCCUGGCUCACCGGGGGGCUGAAACUCCCCGGGUGUCCCAAGUGCCUCGGCCGUCCGUGAUGGGCCAGGUGCCCCUGGGUCUGGACUCAGAACCUUAUAGCAUCGCAGGGAGGAAGAGCUCCGGCGGGAUACUGCCGCCAGGGCUGGCAUACCGGCGGCCUACCAUCCGCUUCAGCGUCCACCCCAAGGCAUCUCGCCGCCUGUCGCAGCGGUCUGCCUCCCCCUGCCUCUCGCACAUCAGUGCCUUCAACGAGCUGGCAAAGAUGGGCGACCCGGACCUGCUGGAGAUGGUGGAGGAGGAAGGCUUAAGAUCCAAAGAAAAAGAGUAUGCUUUCCAAAGUCCUGAGGACCUGGACACCAGAGAGACCAGCUUCCUCAUCUCUAAAGGUCCACAGACAACGCCUGAGAAGCGAUUCAAUUUGUUCCUGAGGAGGCGUCUUAUGUUUCAAAGAAGUGAGCAAAGCAAAGACUCAAUCUUCUUCAGAGAUGGGAUUAGGCAGAUUGACUUUGUCCUUUCCUACGUGGAAGAUCCAAAGAAAGACUCGGAGAUAAAGGCAGAGAGAAGACGGGAAUUUCAGCUAAAUCUCAGGAAAACAGGUCUUGAGUUGGAAAUUGAAGACAAAAUGGACUCUGAAGAUGGAAAAACCUUUUUUGUGAAGAUCCACGCCCCAUGGGAGGUCCUAGUCACCUAUGCUGAAGUACUGGGAAUCAGGAUGCCUAUUAAGUGGAGUGACAACCGGCAGCCAAAGUACCCACCCCUGAGUUACAUGCUUGGGCCUGUGAAGCUCCCAGCCACUGUGAAGUAUCCUCACCGUGACUACUUCACUGCUCAGUUCAGCAGAUACCGUCAGGAUCUCUUCCUCAUCGAAGACGAGGCUACCUUCUUUCCAUCCUCGACGAGAAACAGAAUUGUUUACUAUAUUCUGUCCCGAUGCCCUUUUGGAGUAGAAGAGGGGAAGAAAAAGAUUGGGAUCGAAAGACUGCUGAACUCCAGCACGUACUUAUCUGCCUAUCCACUCCACGAUGGCCAGUAUUGGAAGCCAUCAAGUACUCCUACUCACAUCAAUGAGAGGUACAUCCUUCGCCAGAACUGGGCUCGGUUUUCUUACUUUUACAAGGAGCAACCUUUAGAUUUGAUUCGGAAUUAUUUUGGUGAAAAGAUUGGUAUCUAUUUUGUGUUUCUCGGGUACUACACAGAAAUGCUCUUGGUCGCAGCUCUGGUUGGCUUAGCCUGCUUCAUCUAUGGCUUGUUAUCCAUGGAAAAUAACCAAACUAGCACUGAAAUCUGCGACCCUAACAUCGGAGGUCGGAUGAUCAUGUGUCCACUUUGUGAUGAAUUGUGUGAUUACUGGAGACUGAACACCACAUGUUUGCAUUCAAAGUUCUCCCAUCUGUUUGAUAAUGAGUCAACCGUGUUCUUUGCCAUCUUCAUGGGGAUCUGGGUCACACUGUUUCUAGAGUUCUGGAAACAGCGACAAGCCAGGCUUGAGUAUGAGUGGGAUCUGGUAGACUUUGAAGAAGAACAUCAGCAGCUCCAGCUGAGGCCUGAGUUCGAAGCCAUGUGUAAACGAAAGAGGAUAAAUCCUGUGACGAAGGAGUUGGAGCCACACAUGCCUCUGUGCCAUCGCAUCCCAUGGUACUUUGUGUCAGGGACCACAGUGGUCUUCGGGAUGGCUCUCCUCCUCAGCAGCAUGGUGUCCAUCAUCGUAUAUCGCCUGUCAUUCUUCGCCACCUUUGCCACCUUCAUGGAAAGUGAAGCCACCCUGCAGAGCGUGAAGAGCUUCUUCACCCCCCAGAUGGCCACCUCUCUCUCCGGAUCAUGCCUGAACUGCAUUGUCAUUGUGAUCUUGAAUUUCUUUUAUGAGAGGAUAUCUGCCUGGAUUACAAAGAUGGAAAUUCCUCGAACUUACCAGGAGUAUGAGAGCAGUCUCACUCUGAAGAUGUUUCUCUUCCAGUUUGUGAAUUAUUACUCGGCUUGCUUUUAUGUGGCCUUCUUUAAAGGGAAGUUCAUGGGCUACCCUGGGAAGUACACAUAUAUGUUUAACGUAUGGAGAAGUGAAGAGUGUGAUCCUGCAGGCUGUCUGGUAGAGCUGACAACCCAGUUAACCAUCAUCAUGAUUGGAAAACAGGUUUUUGGAAAUAUCCAUGAAGCCUGUCAACCCCUGAUUUUUAAUUGGUGGAGACGUCGAAAAGCCCGAACCCACUCUGAGAAACUAUACAGUCGCUGGGAGCAAGAUAAUGACCUUCAGGUUUUCGGACAACUUGGGCUGUUCUAUGAGUACUUGGAAACAGUUAUUCAGUUCGGGUUUGUCACAUUGUUCGUGGCCUCUUUUCCCCUGGCCCCCCUGUUUGCUCUCAUGAACAACAUUGUAGAGAUCCGCGUGGAUGCCUGGAAGCUGACGACUCAGUAUAGGAGACCUGUCGCUGCGAAAGCUCACUCCAUAGGUGUCUGGCAGGACAUUCUCUAUGGAAUGGCCAUCCUUUCUGUUGCAACUAAUGCCUUCAUUGUUGCGUUCACAUCUGACAUCAUUCCACGGUUAGUUUACUUCUACGCCUACUCAUUGAAUUCCACGGAGCCCUUGAGUGGAUACGUCAACAACAGCUUGUCAGUGUUCCUGAUAGCUGACUUCCCCAACCACACAGCGCCAGUGGAGAAGAAAGGCUUCACCACUUGCAGGUACAGAGAUUACAGGUACCCUCCUGAUCAUGAGAACAAGUAUGCCCAUAACAUGCAGUUCUGGCAUGUCCUUGCUGCCAAGCUGAUCUUCAUCAUAGCAAUAGAACACGUCGUGUUUCUGUUAAAAUUUUUAUUGGCCUGGAUGAUACCGGAUGUUCCAAAAGAUGUCCUAGAGAAAAUCAAACGAGAAAAGUUAAUGACUGUCAAAAUUAUUCAUGACUUCGAGCUCAACAAGUUGAAAGAAAACUUGGAUAUUGAAUAUAAUAAUAUCAUUAAGCAUGACACAGUGGAAGAUGUCAGAUCACCCCCGGGGGGCAAAAUCCCCGUCUAAUCCACACACGAGGCAUGAAGCUCUGUGGCCUUCUCUGUUCACUGUUGCCUCUGGACUUGUGGCUGGAUGCUGGAAUUCAUGUAUCCAUUUGUUCUUCUUUCUUUCUUUUAUUUUUAACUCGGAGUCCUUAUGCCCUAUGAUAGAGGCAGGCAUCAGAAGAGAACACAGGUGGGCAUCAUCCACUGGGCUCUCCCAGGGUGUGACUCGUGGGGUCCUGUACACACUUGCAGGUGGUGCCUGUGGAUUCAGAAUCUGGAAAAUCAUGGAGUGUUGCUACUUAGAGUGAAACAGUGGCCUGGGGGAUGCUCUGUCACUUCCCAGGGCAACUGCACAUUUCUGCUGUCUUCUGUUGAGUGCCUUCUGUCUCCCUCACAACAAGAAAAGGGUUCAAAAAGAAAGCUAGAAAAGAGACCCACAUUUCAUAGAACAUCUGCCAUUGUAAAAUGCACACAUGUAGAGCCAAAAUCAGAAGAAGUCCUGAGAAAUCUCACCUAUUGACAAAUGGUGGGUAAAAAUCAUAGCAGGAGUAUGUGCUCUUGACAAUGUCAGAUCAAAGUUAGCUUCUGUCAGAAUCCCAGAUAGCCUUUCCUGGUAAAGGUAGAAUCAGUUUUUCCCUAAGACUAGAAGAAUUUUCAUAAAAUACUCUCAGAGGGCUUUUGAAGGUAGUGUUUCCUUCCAUUUUGUUGACUAGCUUCAACACCAUGGUGUCAGGUGACUACAGGUUUUCAAGUGAAGGUACUGUGCAAAGCCAAUGUGUCUUCUUAGGAGCUAAAGAAUGCAAGAUGGUACAUAGACAUUAACUUAUUCAAUGAUAAAGUGAAACUUUUAAAUUUCUCUGAAAUGCUGAUUUUUGCAUCAUGAAGCCUUUUUGACUCUAGCCAUUUGUAUAAGUUGGGCACAAACUGUUUACAAAAUGUGAUCUCUUCGCUCUGAAAAAAAAAAAAACCCUCCAAACCUUGUAAUAAGUUUGCAGUCUUUUCAUGGACUACAUCACACCUACAAUGUCCAGUGCCUUCUUUCUAUGCCUUUGACACAUGAAAAAUUGUCUAGGUGGUAAUUUGACAUGACAGAGUAUUUCAGAUGUCAACUUGUCUUAAAGUAAAUGUCAGUGUUCUGAGCACAGAGUUUAUCACCAAAAGAUCAUUGACCAAGUGAGAAGGUGAUAAUUAGGUGGAAAAAGUGUAUUUGUUGAAGUAUCCCUUCCACAUUUAGGCCUAUGUGGAUAUACAGCAAUUCUUGUCAUGGGUUCAGUUAAUACAAUAUCACAUAUGUGCCUGUAUAUAAGUUACCACUAGAGUGGGAGAUAUGGUCCAGCUAUAGAGCACUCAAAUCUUUGGGUUUAAAUUAGAAUUCAGCUACAAAGGAAUAUUUUUUAAAUCACAUACAUACAAAGAAACUUGAUCACAAGAUAUUAAAAGUAGUGUUCCCUUAACAAUAACAUGAUUUUCCAGCAUAGCUGAUAUUACAGUAUUAACUAACUACUGAUAGAUACUAAGUAUCUAGAACUAGGGAUUAUGGAUUCUAUAAAAAUAACAAAAGCAUUAUCACAUCACAUUAUUGGCAAUAUUGAUUUGUUACAUAGUAGGUAAAUGACAUGUUUGGGUCACUUGAAAUGAUUUCAUAAUUGAAAGAUACUUUCAUAAGUGGAGAUGGUCAGUUUAAGAAAACCAGUCUUUUUGAGCAUGACCAAGCCACAGCUGCGGUUCUUGUAGACUGUCAAAUCACACUGCAGGGCUUCGCAUGCACAACUCACAUCGCCUUCUUCGUGGGUGCUAAUUUUAAAAAAAGGGGGAGAGAUUAUAGUUUUUUGGAAAUGCACUUUAAUUUUGUGACUUCAAAGUAUUAUGGAGCUAGACUACAAGAUGAGGACAAAGCUGACUUACAAAGCUGUCCAUACACUGUAGGUUCAAAACCACCUCAAGCACUGAGUGUCUAAAGUAAUGGUAGAAAUGAGCAAAAUUGGAAUUUAUUUUACAGCAAGUGCUUCUUAUAAUUUAUCGGUGUCUUCGCUUCGUAUUUGCCUUGUAAUUUUCCACUGAUAACUUUCAUCCUGUUUGAUGUGUUACCCUGAGAUACUAGAGUCACUUUCUGGAAAGUCUGUUAGCCAAAAUCAGAUGGAGUUGGUUCAGGCAGAUUUACCUCCUUCCAUCAACACAUUGGUUGCUGUGAGAACAUUGAGCUAGAUGUAGCCGACCACCAGAUGUAUGUUCGUGUUUAGGAGUAUGGCUGUGGAUUUUUUGUUUUUCGUUUUUGUUUUUUAUUCUUCAGUCAAACAAGUGGUUUACUCUUUUCCACUGAUAUUCCAAGGAACAUCUGAGAUCUUAUGUGAAAAUAGAAUCUUCAAGUGCCAAAGCCCCAAAGCACACAACUUUUUCCAAAGGUCCUUUGCAAUUAUCAUCUCCAUUGUUUCUUUUCAGACAGGAAGCAAAAUCCUUGAAAUUACUAACUAACUUUAGACACACAAAGGGGACUGUCAUUAAAUGAAAGAUGUUUUAAUUUUGCACUAUUUCUGGACUUCUAGAUUUCUUUUUUUUUUUUUUUUUUUGUCAAGAGAAAGGAAAGAGUUGUUUCCUCUGGGUCUCGAAUGGGAUUCUUUGGAGUACAGUUGUGGGUAGGAAGAUGCAAAUCUUCUCAGUGACAGUCACUAAGGGUGAGAGAAUACAUCUGGAGAAAUUCCAGGUUAACAAUUAUUGUGUGUCACAAGAAAGCUUUUGCUUGCAAAGCGUGUUUGUAGGGUCAGGCACUGUGAACAACCAUUGACCCUGCUCUCCAAUGACAAUGACACUGGUCGUUCAAAAACAUAGCCUAUUGCUUUGGAAAAACCUCCCAUUGUUAUUAUGUAAUUGAAUGACACCAUGAAGGAAAACAUUGCAUUGCCAGGCUUUGGACUCUGCCACAAGGAAUCAAUAGAACUAUCGUGUUACUGUUCUUCGUGCAAUUUUAAUCUACUUUUCUGUGUAGUAAUUAAAGUAUGUCAGUUAUUUCAGCAUUAUGUAAAAAUUAAUGACAAUGUUUAAAAUGUAAUGUAUAGUAUGGCAUAAUCUGUGUGAGAUACAACUGCCCAUUCCUCUAAAUAUGUCAUUGGAUACAGGAUGCAGCUCUCCUGAUAUGAGAUGCUGUGUCUUGAAGUUAACUUAGAGUAUACAAGCUUGCUUUUUCAUCCCUCCAUCCCUCCCUUUCUCUCUCCCUCCAUCCCUCCCUCUCCCCUUCCCUCCUUCUUCUGUCUCUCCUUCCCUUUGUCCCUCUUUUCUUCCUUCCCUUUUCACUCCCUUAUUUCCUUCUCUUCUUUCUUAAAGGGAGUACACAGGUAUUUAGGAAAAAUUGUCUUUAUUAAUGAACCCAAACCUCAAAAGCCAAAUCACUCAGUGAUUAAAGUAAGUAAAUAAAUUCAAAUAUCUUGACACAAACAUUA